AACAUGUUAUGAUCAACAGAAAAUUAAUCUCCUAUAAAUGCUGAAAAAGUUAAACCAACUCCAACUCCAAAAAAGGAAAUAAGUAAUAUGGGAACUGAAGCUAAAAGCUUAGUGCAUGAAGAGAUCAUCUUCAGAAGCAAAUUUCCAGCAGUUGAAGUUCCUAAAGAUGUGACCCUGCCGGAGUUCGUGCUGUCGGGCAUCGAACCGUAUCUGGACAAGGUGGCGGUGGUGGACUCGAUAACGGGAAAAGGGUACACGUACAGAGAAGUGAAGAGGGACGUCUACAGAUUCUCCAAGGCCCUGCGGUCGCUCGGGCUGAGGAAAGGCCGGGUGGUGGUGGUGCUCCUCCCCAAUGUGGCGGAGUACGCCACCCUCGCCCUCGGCAUCAUGGCGGCUGGGGGAGUCUUCUCCGGUGCCAACCCCAACGGCCAUGCAUCCGAGAUCAAGAGCCAAGUUGAGGCUGCUGAUGCCAAGCUAAUUGUCACUGAUGGAUCAACCUAUCAUAAGGUGAAAGAUUUGGGAGUGCCGGUUAUAAUACAAGGCGAAGAUCGUAUAGAGGGAACUAUAAACUGCGAAGAGCUGUUGGAAGCGGCUGAUAAGGCUAACACUAACACUCUCUUCAUUGACGAUAAAGUGCUGCAGACUGAUCUCUGCGCCCUUCCAUUCUCAUCAGGUACAACUGGGGUGUCGAAAGGCGUGAUGCUGAGUCACGAGAACCUGGUGGCCAACCUCUGCUCCACGCUGUUCGGCGUGGGCCCCGAGCUGAUCGGCCAGGUGGCGACGCUGGGCCUCAUCCCAUUCUUCCACAUCUACGGCCUCACCGGAAUCUGCUGCGCCACCAUCAAGAACAAGGGCAUGGUGGUGGUGAUGCAGCGCUACGAGCUCCGCCUCUUCCUCAGCGCCCUCAUCAGGCACCGCGUCACCUUCGCGCCCAUCGUCCCCCCCAUCAUGCUCGGCCUCGUCAAGAACCCCAUCGUCGACGAGUUCGACCUCACCAAGCUCUGCCUCAGGUCCGUCCUCACCGCCGCAGCCCCUCUCGCGCCCGAGAUAUUGAACGCCUUCGAGCGCAAGUUCCCGGGCGUGGACGUUCAAGAGGCGUAUGGGAUGACGGAGCACAGUUGCAUAACGCUGAGCUACGGCGGUGUGGUUGCCAAGAGGAACUCCGUGGGAUUCAUCCUGCCCAACUUGGAGGUCAAGUUCGUGGAUCCCGACACGGGGCGUUCCCUUCCCAAGAACGCCCCGGGGGAGAUCUGCGUCAGGAGCAAGUGCGUCAUGAAAGGUUAUUACAAGAAGGAGCAGGAGACGGCCAUCACCAUUGACAAAGACGGAUGGCUGCACACCGGGGACAUCGGCUACAUUGAUGAUGAUGGCGAUGUUUUCCUCGUCGAUCGUAUAAAAGAGCUAAUCAAAUACAAAGGUUUUCAGGUUGCUCCAGCUGAAUUAGAGGCAAUCCUACUAAGCCACCCUUCAGUAGAAGAUGCUGCUGUUGUGGGAUUACCAGAUGAAGAAGCAGGAGAAAUUCCUGCAGCAUGCGUAGUGAUAAAAGCAGGAGCAAAAGAAAGCGAAGAAGACAUAAUAAAGUAUGUAUCAUCAAAGUCAGCGAGCUACAAAAGAGUUAGGCUUCUGCAAUUUGUUAGCGCCAUCCCCAAAUCGCCUUCUGGGAAGAUAUUGAGGAGACUUAUUAGGGAAAAUAUGCUCAAAGAUCUGCACAACUAAUUAUCAUAUUUUAUCACAAUAUUCAACUACUGAUUUUAAACAAAUAAUGGAAUAGAUUCACCCAUCGCAUGCAUCAAUCUCAUAUAUUAGUAUUGUUCUCAGUUUAAUUAUCACUCA